AGAAGCUGGCCAUUGUCUGCAACAAAUUCUCGCUUUUAAACAACGUGCUGGAGAAGCCUAAGAGGCCCUUUGCAAAGCAGAGAGUUUUCUCUGCACUGUGUCCUAAAGUGAUCAGCUGGCAUCUGGUACCCAGUGGGAACAGACUGAAGAGGCUGGGAGAAAAGGGCCCCCCCUUGGGUUCCUGGCCAUCUGUGCUGUGUCUGGGUUGCUAGAGAGGGACAGAGAAAAGAAAAGAAAAGAAAGUGGCACCUUUAAAUAGAAAAGGUGGAGAUGGGAGGGAAGGAGGGAGGAGAGGGGGAGAGAGAGAGGAGGACACUGAAGGAAGCAGCAUUGCUUCUGCAGUGACCUCCACCAAGGCUGUAACAUUGGAAAUCCACCACGGCCACUUGCUAUCCCGCGAUGGCACCGGGCGCACGACGCAGCCCCCAAAGCAAACCUCUGGCAUCAGAGGAACUAAGGGGAUAGAGAGGAACUCAGCAGCCCCCCUGCCUUGUUCUUGGAAGGGUUCCCUCCUCCUCCUCUUCUCCUCCCCCCUCCCCAUUUCUCUGCAGCAACAGCAGCCCAUGGAACUGCGGAAGGAGCAGAGCAAAAGGAUGCCCAGCAUUUGAUGAGGAUUCGCAGCCACUGGAACUCUUCUCAGGAAACAUCCCUGGCAAAGGAGGAGGCAGGUGGAAAGGAAAAGAGGUCCUUGGGCUGCGCUCUCCUUCUUCAGUGCUUUAAGAGGCACUAAAACUGCCCUGAAGAGAAAAGAAAUGUGUGGGCUGUGAACUGUUCCCCCGGAGGGAAGCUGGCCAGAUAAACCACAGAGAAAUCCUUGAAAAGGCACCAUCUUGGCCACUGACUGAACUGUGUGUUCCUGACAUGGCCACAACAUUAGAACUACAUUAAGUAGACAAAUCUCUUCUAUUUAAUAGAGUAUUUGGGACUGGAAAUACAAAGAUCAAAGACAAGGGAUUCUGGACCUCCCAAAGAGAGGUCUCACCUGGCAGCAAGGUGUAACUGGUCAGCUGGCCCAACAGAAAGGACACCUUGCCACCAUUUGAUUUGGAGCAGAGUUGGGUAGCUCAAGCUCUGUCUGAACAAGGGAACCAUGCCCUAUACCUGCCUGAUCUGCCCCAGUCUUGGAAGAGAAGGGCUUCCCUGGGAACUGGUAGGGGCCCAGCACGAUUGGGAACCCCACAUCCAACUAGGAUCCGUGUAUCUAUUUGGGGCAGGACACCGUCUCAGUCUCGGGAAAGCUUGACACUGGCCCAAUGAACACCACCACCACCACCCAGAUGAAGCUCAGCAAGAUGGUGGGUUCUGGGCUACCCAUCACGUCCAACCAAAGUCAAUGGAAACCCAACGGCCUAGAGGAGCUCUUGUCCAAUGGGGGGACCACCAACAGCAGUGUUCCGGGAGAGGAGGUCUUCCAACUGCCCACUUUCUCUACUGCAGCCAAAGUCCGCGUUGCCAUAACGGUGGUCCUCUUCUUCUCUUCCGCCUGCUUCAACAUUGCUGUGCUCUGGACUGUCACCCAGAAGUACCAGCGUAGGCCUCACCUCCGGAUUCUCCUCAUGAACUUGGCGGCUGCCGAUCUCCUGGUGACCUUUGUGGUCAUGCCUUUGGAUGCAGCAUGGAAUGUCACUGUCCAGUGGUAUGCCGGUGACCUGGCUUGCCGGUUUCUCAUGUUCCUCAAACUUGUGGCCAUGUACGCCUCAGCCUUCGUUACUGUGGUGAUCAGCCUGGACCGCAGGGCAGCCAUCUUGCACCCGCUCAGCGUCAGUGAGGCCAAGAGGAAGAAUAAGGUCAUGUUGUCUGUAGCCUGGGUCUUGAGUUUGGUUCUGGCGUUACCUCAGGUGUUUGUCUUCCACACUGUCAGCCGGUCUCAGCCCACCUACUUCAUCCAAUGCGCCACCGUAGGGAGCUUCCAGGCUCACUGGCAGGAGACCCUUUACAAUAUGUUCACUUUCUCCUGCCUCUUCCUCCUGCCGCUGCUAAUCAUGGUCCUUUGCUACGCCCGCAUCUUCGUGGAGAUCUCGAGAAAGAUGAAGAAAGCUUGCGCUUCACCAAAGUCCAGGGAGUUCCACCUCCGCCGCUCCUACAACAACAUUCCUCGGGUGCGCAUGCGCACCCUCAAGAUGUCUGCCGUCAUCGUCCUGACUUUCGUCGUCUGCUGGACUCCUUACUACCUGCUCGGCCUGUGGUACUGGUUCUCCCCCGAGAUGCUGACCAGGGAGCAGGUGCCCCCAUCCCUCAGCCACAUUCUCUUCCUCUUUGGCCUCUUCAACGCGUGCCUUGACCCCCUGAUCUACGGCUUCUUCGCUAUGCACUUCCGGGCGGAGAGUGGGCAGGCCUGCUGCUGCCCUCGGAGGGAAAAGGAGAUGGAGGGAGCUUCUGUGCUCACCGGCUCCUUCCGAGCUUCCACCAUCAGCGGGGGAGCUACCAGGCAGCUGAGGGAGCCCAAGAAGCACAAGUCGGAAUCGGCGCUGGCGAGGGUCAAAAAGCUGGGGUUGAAGAGGAAGAAGAUGGCGGAGAGCUUCAUUUGAACAUGUAGAUAAAACAUGGCCCAUUACCUCACUUGCUGGGAUUUGCUUUCACUGCUGGGAGUUGGGUGGAAGGCCGGCACUACUGUUUGGCAAAGUGACGCAGCUGCCUCAUGUGCCAGUUAUUCAGAGGCGGAGGUGUUGGGGGAUGCAGCUGCCAGUCCCAACCAGCCUGCUGUAGAGGGUGCUAUCUUGUCACCAGCACUGGCGUAAUAGACAACUGUCAGCGCAGUCAACUUCUGCACAGGGAAGGUAGGCGACAUCUUGUCCUUUGCUACAGGUGGCAAAUUGUCUUGGUGGCUGGUUGUGGCCUAAUUCGAGCUCUGGAGGAGCUUCCAUGGCAAUAGUCAACACUCCAAAUCUCUGACCAACGAAUACAGAAUAUUUUCUCAAUGAGGCAUCCUCUCUCUUGUCCCUUAUUUCUCUUCUAGUGCUGCAGCUAUGGAAAAGGGCAGUUGCCCAGGAAUAGUAAUAUGGUACAAUCAUAUCUUAUGCGCAUUUAACUUGCCUCCUGAUUUAUGUUGUGCUCUAGGAGGCUUAGAUUGGUCAGAAGCGAGUAUGCACUUUCAGAGUUAACACAAAAUGCAUUACUUCUGGUAAAUGAGCCACCACAGCCGCUAGAGGGUUAUGAAAAUUUGUGUCUUGGGCUUUUGCCCAUGUACUAUCUGAAACCAAAGGGCCGCAUUGGCUGCCAGAUGUGAUUCCCCGCUCUCCUACACUGCUAAAGUAGCCAUCAAUAGCCCUGUCCUCCACGAAUUUGUCCAAACCUCUUCCAGAGCCAUCUAGGUUGGUGGCCAUCCCUGACACCAGUGGGAGUCCCAUAGCUUAACACUGAGCUGCAUAGCUAACCUACAGAAAUGUCAGAUUUAGGGUGGUGAGCUGAGGGGCCGCAGAAUGGAAGGUGAGAGGGCAUGAAAAUAAGAAAUACGUAGUGGGAGGCACCAAAUUUUGUCAUCAAUUUUGCCAUAUUACCAAAGUCCACCGCUGCCUCCAGCUUCUCCUGGGAAUAAAAUGCCUGGAGGCUUUGCCCUUU